CCCACUACCUAAGUCAUUCUUCCACUCGAGUCACCCGCGUCAACGCCAGUCGCCGCCGCAGCCAAGUGUUCAUCUUGCCGGACGGCGGGUGAGCACGCUUCUCCCUCCCCUCACUCGUACCUCCCUCGCCACCACCACCUUUCCCUCUCCUACGGCGCCGGCCUCGACCUCCGCCUCCGUACGCCCCCCACCGGAACCACCCCGCGGCCGCACACUCCUUGCGGCGGCGUCGUCAUCCCCGGACCCCCACCACCGUCGCCGCUCUCCGCUAGACACGGCGGGCUCGGCUCGUUGGGACCCAAAUCCUGCCGCCGCAGCACCGAUCUGCCUGGAUCCGCUUGCCGGACGCUGCCUCCUCCGCCGGCGGUAGGUACUCGCAAGACAGGCCGCGCCCAGAAAGCAGGGCCUUUCUUCUCCGGUAGCACGAAACGUUAGAUCCCAAGCAAAGCAAAGAGGAAACAUUCCCCUGUGUUCCCCAUCCAAUCUUUACCAUGGAAACCGCCAGCAAAAACGUCACCAAUGUGGUGCGCUCCAUGAAGCUGCUCAAGGUGGACGGCUACUGUGCCACCAAGACCAUGGGCAACGACGACUGCAUCAAAUCCACUCACAACAUUGGCGGGUAUGAGUGGGAGAUCUGCAUCUACCCCGCCAUGAUGCCGCGCGCACGCGACGGCACCCCGUGGGUGGCGGUGAAGCUCGUGUUCCUCAGCGAGACCUGCCCGUCCAUCGUGAGGGCGAACCUGAGCUGUCGUCUGGCUGAUCCGAGAAGCGUGCUUCGACCGUCUGAAGAAAAGAGUGUGUCAUGUAUAUUCAACCGUUCAUGGGUAUCACGUUGUCUGCAGAUGUGCUCGCCUUUUGUCAAAGAAGAUUGUUCACUUCCAGUUCGUCUCAUGUCGACGGGCAGCCUGGCAUCAUCUGGUUAUCUCAGGAAUGAUUCUUUUACCGUGCUAUGCGUAGUCACCGUGCUGAAGGAGGAUUUGCCAGCACGAGCAGCAACUGUGCCGGGUAAAGAAGUGACUGGGUCAUCACCUAGCUUGCAACACCACCUCGCUGAGCUCCUGAACAGUGGGUUGGAAGCGGAUGUCACAUUUCUCGUGUCCGGCAAGUCCUUCGCUGCACACAAGGUCAUUCUUGCUGCAAGGUCCCCUGUACUGAUGGCCGAGUUCUUUGGCCACAUGAAGGAGACGAGCUCUCAGCGCGUCGAGAUCAAGGACAUUGAUGCGGUGGUAUUCAAGUCGUUGCUUUACUUCAUCUACACUGACUCUGUGCUGGAAUUCGAUCUGCAGCAUGAGGCGGUCACGAUGUUGGCCCAGCAUUUACUUGCAGCUGCUGACAAGUAUGGACUGGACAGGCUCAAGGAGAUCUGCGAAGGCAAGCUCUCUGAUGGCAUCAGUAUCGACACGGCAGCAACUACUCUGGCAUUAGCAGAGCAGCACAACUGCCUGCAGCUCAAGGUGAAAUGCGUCGACUUCAUCGUUAGCACUCCUGCAAUUCUUGAUGCUGUGUUGGCGACUGAUGGAUAUAAGCAUCUAGAGGCAAGCUGCCCUAUGGUGUUGCCUGAGCUUCUCAAGUCUGCGCGGGGCAGAAAGAGCUGACAGGUAACCAUGAGGGCGCCAAAUGUCCAAGAUUUGAUUAUGCAUGUAUUCUGUUUGUGCUUGCACUUGUGCCUGUAUCCACCUAAAGUGGAAAACCUUAUGUCCAUCUAUAUAUGUUAUGAGCAACUUACUGCUCGAGUUUGGCCUCCAAUUUGAUUUAA